AUGCGACUGACUCCAAUCUAUGUGCGCGGCCGUCGUAAAAGGCAUACCGAUGACGAGGAUGCUCCCAAGCCCAUCGCGAGCGGACCGCGAGGCGGCCGGCCGUUACUUUCACCACAGGCCAAGCUCACUUCCUCGCAGAUUCGGAGCCACAAGCGCGCGCGACUGCUGACUGCUAACUCGACCAAGUCGCGCAAGAAGAAGAAGAAGCAAUCGCGACUGGAAUCUCUUCCAAAUGAACUCAUCGAGCAUAUUUUCCUGUACUCGUUGAAUGUGAACUUUGCGCGUGCGUCACCUGUCCUGGCUGCGGCUGUUUCUACGGAGCGCAUCUAUCGUACUCUGAUUCUGCUAGCAUUUUGGGACGACAGCGCGGAAGCGUCUGUGUCUUGCAACCGGGAAUCCAAGGAUGCAAUUGCCAAGAUCCUUCGUCCGUUGCAUUACACGCCACUCAGUCCUGCGCAGCGAAAAGAUCUGCAGACGGCUAUCCUUCACUGUAGAUGGUGUACUGUGCAGCGUAUACUAGACCAGCUUCCGAAGCUGAUGAAACUGGUCAUUCGACGACAGUGGUUCGGUGCAGGAAUCAGCAUGACCGAUGAUCAUGAAGGAACACUAAAGCGCGUCCUCAAGCAGAAAGACCAUGCAAGAGUGUUUGAAGGGUUCGAGGCCAGCACAACCUCUGACACGUCAACGCCCACACCCACGAACAACUACACCCUUACCAUCAAACCUCUCGUGUCUGUUACCAUCACCAACCACUCCAACGGCCAGGAAACCACUCAUCCCUUUCUCAGCCCGCUGGUUAUUCCUGACAAAUAUCUUCGGGGCAGCGCAGCCAGCAACUCUGCAUCGUCUUCUCCGGCUAGCAGCUCCGUCGCCUCAGAAGACGGCUUCUCGCAAGCCUUGAUUACCUACCUGGAAGUGAACCGACUUGCACUAGGAUGCAGCAUCGAUACCCUUCCCCUGACCCCUCUGCAACACCCGCUCGCCCUCUCUCGCCCCGCUUUGCAGCAAGGCAUCCAUACCGCCCUCAUUGCAAACAACCUUCCCGCACUCCUCACCCUCCUCAAACUAGACGAAUACUACUUCCGUGUCACCGAACAACAGCACAUUACAGCGCAAGAUCAGGAUCCGGACCAGAGUCCGGUUCUUCCCUAUACGCUCCCAGCCAAACACUUCCGCACUGCAAUGCACUUUGCCCCACGCAGUCCGGAAUUCUUCCAAGCACUGGUGCGAGCGAGCGCUGAGUCUGUCCCCGCCGACGACGCCGACAUCACCUAUUGGGCGAUGCACCUCCAAGACCCCUUCGGCCAAUGGCUGUUGAGGUUGAUGGAGCUGAUGCCCGAGCAGACGGCGGCGGCGAAGCUCAAUCCGGUCCAGAACUCGGUGUUCUGGAUGGGGCGGGCGAAUGCGGAUAGGAGGGAGCUGGCGAGCCUGUAUUUGCGGGAUGUCCUGGGAGGAGUGGAGAGGCUGGACAGUUGGAUGGGCGAGGUGCAUCUCCAGCUCUCACCGCCAUCAUCUUCCUGA